CACACUAGAUGCCCCUCUGGAUGAUGCUCUGGGUGGGUGUCGCGGUGUAUUGUGGGCAGUUUUGGGUCUAAGCAGAGCAUAGCUCGUCAUCUCCAGGAAAGAUGGCUGCUCCGGGCACCACAGCAGCUCUUCCUCCAGCGCUCAGUCCCGGGUUUGCGGUGGUCUGCUCUUUUUUGGAGCGCUACGGGCCUGUUCUGGAUCUGCCCGAGCUGACGUUCCCUCAGCUGGAGCGAUACUUACAAGAUACAUCAGCGGUUCCUCGGCCAUUGAUUGAGCUCCAUGUCAAACUACUGCGGAAGAUCGGCAAAACAGUCACACCAGAGAGAUGGGAGAAGUAUCUUGUAAAGGUGUGCCAGGAAUUUAACAGCACCUGGGCAUGGGAAAUGGAAAGAAAAAGCUACCUAGAAAUGACAGUUGAGUGUAAGACAGGCAUUUUAAAGUACUUGUGUGAGUGCCAGUUUGAUGACAAUCUCAAGUUUAAGACAUUAAUCAACGAGGAAGACCCAGACAAGAUGCGUCUACAACCCAUCGGUAGAGACAAGGAAGGUCUUUUGUACUGGUUCCAGUUAGAUCAAGAACAGAAUAUACGUGUUUAUUCUGAAGAACAGGAUGAUUUAGAUGGAUCCUCCUGGAAAUGCAUUGCGAAGAAUAGGAAUGAUCUUGCUGACACACUAGAACAGCUUAAAGCCAAGAUUGACACACCCGUGACUGACCAAGAGACACAAGGCUGUCCCACCAGCCCAAAUAUGGAGGCAGAAGGUGUUAAAGGUGAGGCUGAAGCUGAGAACUUGAGAAACCCUGUAUCGGGACAAGGGGACUUUUCCAAUACCACCUUCAAUUCCAGUGAAAUUGGGUUAAUACCUAAAGACAUUAAAAAAGAAACACCAAUGGAUCCUGUUAAACCAGAGCAAGAGGAGAAAGUUGUUGAAAUUUCCAAGCCUAAACUGGUCAUCGACAACAGGGUUAGUACGAUCAAAACUCUUGUCAAAGAAGAACAAAAAGAUGAUCCCAAACCAUGGAAUGCCAUUUCUGUCGUCAUGCCUCCUGCUUCCAUCAAACAAGAACCGGCAAAGAAAUCCGAGGUGCACGAUGACAAGAAAGAGAUGAUGUUUGGGAAUGUGGCUAGAACUGUAAAGAGCGACCAACAGGCUAAAAUACCGCUGAAGAAGAGGGAGUUGAAAAGGAGUGGAGGAUAUGAUGUCAGCAAUCACUACACCAACGUCAAUCACAGCAACAACAACCUUAACAGCAAUGGCAGCAUCAGCACAGGAGGAAUCAUCGUUCGCAAUCCUGCCGUCUUGCCAUUGAAGGAGCAGCAAAUCAAAAGAGAAUUCCCAACUGAUGAGGAGAAAGGACCAACAGCCAUCAUCCCUGUCCCACAAAAGCUACUUGGGAAGCAUUCAACUGUUGAUCUUUACCAUACGGUAUCACAAGAACAAUACGUAGGUGUUGGAGUCAUCAAAGGUCCCAUUGAGAGAAAGAAGCCUUUGAAUGAAAACGAUAAUUCUUCAAAUGGUCAUCAUGGGAAUAUGAAUGUCUUGAAGACUGAAGUUGGAGGCGCAGAUAGCGUAAGACAGUCUGUACUUGUUGGGAAAUCCAUGGUUAAAGCAGACAAUGGUCCUCAUCCAUGCAGUGUCCUUGAGGAUCUGGUGUCAAAAGAUGCUUGCAAUAAGAGCCCAGAUGUGGAAGCAAAAGUAUCAAACCUUGUUGAGGAGUCGCCAAUGACUGAAGAGAUGGAAAAGACUUCAGUUGAGGAAAAGGUUGACAAAAUUGACAAGGAAGAAGAACUCAAAAACAGCAAGACUUUGUCAGCCAGAGAAAAAACUGAUGUUGAGGACGACAGCAAAGACAAACGACUGAAAAGCCCAAGAAAGAGAAGGUCACAAAAAGCCAAAUCCAAGCUCCAAGCGAAAGAAGACAGCCAAAACACUGAGCACUUAUCCAGCAUUGGUGAGGGUUUGGUGAAGGAUGCGGAAGACAGUGAAAAAACUGGACACAACGAUAAUGAAGAGGUAUCGUCGGAGCUUCAGAAGGAGGGGAUUCGCCUGAAAAUCAAGAUCCCGCUUCAUAGGCGAACGCCUGAACUCCAGCACAAGGACAUCGAAGAGUUGGAAACCAGCAAUCGGAGAUCCCUACGGAGAUCUGCCAGGAUCUGCAAGCCUAGCCCCAAAGUGGCAGAUUGUCGAGAUAAGAAGCAAGAUGGAAAACUUAAGGCCUCCUCAGAAGCACAAGAUGAAGAGGAACGCAUAGUGGACGAAGAGGUGAAUGUGAAUCCCAAGGAGUUGCAAAAAAAAGUGGACAUGGAAGGACAGCCUAAGUCUUUGAAGGCCAAACGGCGACACAGGCGUACUCGUUGGUCGAAAAUUCGUACGAAAAAUAGCAAACUCAAAGGUGCUGCGGAUCGGGAGGAGGAAGUGGCCGACGACGACGCUGCAAACAAUGAAGACACCAAAUCAGAGAGAAAAGACCACAAGAGUGAGACCGAAUCAGACCAAUCCAACGAGAUUCAACCUGAAGAUGCUUGUAAACACUGUGGGCUCGCUAACCACCCAGAACUAAUCCUUCUUUGUGACAUGUGUGACAGCGGAUAUCACACGGCCUGUCUGAGACCUCCUCUAAUGAUCAUUCCUGAUGGAGAAUGGUUUUGCCCUCCUUGCCAGCAUAAGCUUCUCUGUCAGAGACUGGAAGAACAGCUUCUGAAUCUGGACACUGCAUUGAAGAAGAAAGAGAGAGCUGAACGAAGACGUGAGCGAUUAGUGUAUGUGGGUAUCAGCGUGGAGAACAUUAUACCCAAUCCAGACGGUGAUGAAGAAGAUCCCAUGACCGAGAAAAAAAAGGAUGCCAAGAAAAGUAAGAGUCUGGGGAGGCGAUCGACUAGGAUGAAGAAAUCCAUCAGUUAUAGAUUUGAUGAUUUUGAUGAAGCCAUUGAUGAAGCAAUAGAGGAAGACCUUCAAGAUUCAGAAGGAGGAGGUGCUGGUCACGGUAAACCUGUAGUGACUGUCACGAGUCAGCAGCGGAACACGGUGAGCCGAGAGAGUCGACGGCAUGUGAAACCUCUCGCGCCGCGAAAGAAGCGUCGGCGACUCAAUGACCUGGACAGUGACAGUACGGUGGAUGAGGAGGAGAGCGAGGAUGAGUUUCAGCUUAGUGAUAGCCUGGAGGAGGAGGAAUUCGUAGUUUCGGGAGAGGGUGCGUCUGAUGGUGAUGCGGGGAGUGAAUGGGGCAGUGGUGACAGUGGCGCUGAGAAUCAACCAGCCUCCAGAAGAACAGGAAGAACCGCACUCACCCAGAGAAGCAGGAGGAGCAAACGCAGACCUCCCGCUCGACGAAGAGGCUCCUCAGAGGAGGACCUGUUAGACUCAGAGGAAGAGGAGGAGGAAGAGGAAAUGGAAACAGAAGGCUCUAAUGAGUUCAGCGACAGCGACGUGGAUGUCAACAGAAGGCGUCCGCGACGGAGUCAGAACUCUCAGGUCAACUACUACGAGACGUCAGAGUCUGAGGGAUCACGGAAGGUGUCCGAUCAGAAACACCCCACUCUUCCUCACCGUCGACGACUGUCCAGCUCCAACAGUGAAGAGUCCACGCUUUCUAAAGACUUAGAGCCAAAGGAAUCACUCAAGAGACCAGAAAGAGGACGGAAGUGCGAGUCGACUAGGAAAGACUCCAAACCUAGGCACAAAGUAAUAAAACGGACUCGGCAGGAAAGCUCCAGUGAAGAUGAAGAGGAGGACCGAGGAGAGACAGAGGACUCUGAGGAGGAUGAGCAGCCCCUCCGCAAAAGGUCGAACCGCAUAGAAACAGACGAAGACGAGGAGGAGGAAGAGGAAAACAAACGUGGAAAUGUCAGAUGGAGGCACACGGCCAGAAACACUGCGGACCCCCGAGGUCCUGGCCGGCACAACGGCUUGGUCCCGCUGAGGACCGCAGCUCAGGAUGACGAUGACGAUGAGGACGAGGAAGAGUUCACUGGCGUCACGGACCUUGUUAACUUUGUUUUCGACAGUGAACAGUUGUCAUGAUGUGCUCUGUAGGUAAAACAUGCAUUUAUUUUCUCAUAGCCUUUCGACUGAGAGUCACCUGUCACGGGAAUGUCCCGCAUCAGCCACCGUAGUUUUUGGGUGUAGUGGACCAAAAAUGAAGCUUCCAGAGGAAUGCCGUAUUUGUCCGUUUCAGAUGUUUGAAUCCACUCCGUACAUCCGCAUGUAUCAUCCUUCCCAGAUUAGAACAGGGUCUCCUUAAUACUACAGUAACCAUUCCUCAGAGUAAAAGCACUUUGUCAUUAACGGCCAGUACAGUUUUGUUUGUAUAAAGCGGCUUUGUCGUCCUCCGGAGAAACUGGAUGGCGUGCAUUUGAAGCUUACGUGUUCUGUUAGUUUUAGACUGGAGUUUUAGAGGUUUACAUUCUCUGUAUUAAUGUUUUAUUCUUUGUUGUACAUGGAAACGUUGUACAUUAACCUUUGAUGCCGAACUUUGCCUAAAUGCUUUCAUCCAAUUAAAGGCUUAAAGGGAUAGUUUACCCAAAAAAGAUAAUCCUGACAUCAUAUGCUCGCCCUCUUGUCAUUGCAAAACCACGUGACUUUCUGUGGAGCACAAGAAGAGAUUUUCUCUUUUGUUUUAUGGAAACGAGUAGCUCGAACUUCGGGGUGAGAAUGAUGGCAGAAUUUUUCAUUUUGGGUGAAAUUAAACUAGUUAGUAGACCAGCAAAAAAGGACGAAACACAUUGGAUGAUGAUCGUAAUCUGUCAUUUCGAUUAUUAUUAUUUUUUUAUUUAAAAAGACUAAUAUACUCUCUACUAAAAUAACAUUGUAUGUGAUGUUAAAAACAAUAUUAUUUAAUUAUUUUAAAAAUAAUGAAAUUUCUGCACUUUGAAAGCUGUUGCUGAAAUUUUAGGACGUUUUCGGAGACAUUCAGUCACUUUUAAGUCCCUGUCUGAGCUUUAUGUGUCAACUGAAUGCACUUGUCGACCAAGCACCUUUGAUGGUGGGACCGCAUUGUUCGACACCGCAGUCUGGAUCGCUCUUUCCAUAGAGUUGUUUUUAAAGGUUUCUUUGACUCCAAGCGGGUGUCUUUUAUGCUGGAUUGUUUGAAUUAGAACACUAUGGAAGUCAUUCCAACACAAAUCCACCCCAUUACAGAAUAAAUCCAAAAACAACAAUAACAACAAAAGCCACAAGCACUAGAUUAAUAAUUAUGGUCCUUGCUUUCAGUUAAGAAUGUGUUUUUGAGCCUUGUACUACUGGAAUUCAUUUUCCUUCUCAGUUUAUUUUACUCUUACUUUACAGAUGUAUGUCUCCAUAUUUCAAAAAAAAAAAAAAAUUAUUCACAAAACAAAAAUAAACUUAAUAUUGCUGUUAAUGUC